AUGGCUCUUAUCAUGGGAUCGGCCUCAUGCUGCGACCUCAAUCACAUUGAUUUGAUGGCAGCACCAGGAGGAUAUUCGGAGAAUGAGGCGCGUUGGAAGGCAAGUUACUGCACACUUAAAAUGGGGAAGGUUAAGGUUCACUCGGGGCUGCAGCUGCAGGUGAUGAUACUUUACAAAAAGGUGUUGCAGGCAGCCAAGAGAAAGGACAUUGAUACGUUGCAAUACGUGCGUGAGCGCUUUCGCGAGGAUGUGACAACAGUAGACCGCAAGGAUUUUGCCGUGAUAGAGUAUAUGUUGCGCAAAGGUGAACGCGACCUCAAGAUGCUAGAUAGAAUGAAGUCGGCGCAUUUUAUGAAUGUGUCGCACCAGAAGUAG